AUGUCGCCUACUUUUCUGCUGCCGCUGACCCGACGCUCGCUUCCAUUUGCCUCCUCGUUGCUCCACUUUGUCUCCUCAUCGUGUGCGUCUCCUCAUUCAAAUCGUAUCCAGUUUCUCAUUUCAUCCAAGUCUCGGGACCUCGAACGUUCGCUGCGUCUCCAUUAUCCGGAUCUUUUAGUAUCCCACGAACACGAAUCCAUUCCAAACUGGGGCGAGCCAAAGGAUCUCCAAGAAGCACUAAAUGUAUGUGAUGGAGUGAUACUGGCAGCCAGUGGCUCUGGUGAUGAUUGUAUCAAUGUACCGAGUGACUUGACGGAGGAAUGGCUUCAAUGUGAACAAAAUGUGACAACUUUGGUGUCAAAAGCUCAUCGGGUCGUCAAGUUAUCGUGGAUGGAAGGAUUUGUCAGUGCACAGUCCCCCUUAGCGGUGGGAAGAGCUACGUGGGAGAUCGAGCAGGAGCUGAAAUUGAGACUUGGGGGAGAGGACGCAUCGGCUCAUAACCUGACAAUUGUACGGGCUCCGACGGGAAUGGACGCCUUCCUGCAUGGUCGACUGUUUGAUUUAGUGUGCGGAAGAACCCUCUCGAUUAGUAUCAAGCACGGGCGUGUUGCAUUCGUGCAUCCGUCAGAUGUUGCAGAGACUUUGAGUGCUUUGAUAGUAAAAGAGGAUGCUGGCGUUGCUGAUGCAGGCAGACUGUUCAAGUUGACAGGGCCCGAGGCGUUGACAUUUCCACAAGUUGCCGAGCUGUUGUCGGAAGGUAUUGGGGAAAAAGUGAACUACUCGUACUUCCCAUUGUGGGCCGUACAACCUGCACGUUGGGUGCACGGAGUCCCUGGUGAUGCUAUCGAAGAAGAACUAGCGGUGAUCCGAGCGUUGGAGGCAGGGGCGCAGCAAGCAGUGGAUACGACUCUCAUGGAGACGCUCUUGGGUCGCAAGCCACGCUCUUUCCGUGCAUUUAUCGCUGAGAAUGCGCCUGCGUGGCCACGAACAGACCCAAAGUAG